AUGGCUUCCGCAAAACUAGGCGCCGACAUGUCCCACGUCAUCUGUGAGCCCGGCGCCGGCGCCGUCAUCAAGACCUACUCGCCCAACUUGAUGGUGCACCCGUACAUGCGGCAAUCCAAGAACCUCGCCUCCAGCGAAUCCGCCGAAGGCGUGUUCGACGAAGUCUGCGGCAUGCUCUCGCGGCUGCACGUCAUUGUCGUCGGGCCGGGCCUAGGGCGUGACGAACUGAUGCAAGCAACAGCGGCGCGGGUGCUGCGCGAGGCCCGCAGGCAAAACAUCCCCUUCGUCCUGGACGCCGACGGCCUGAUGAUUGCGCAGAACGAGCCCGACAUCGUCGACGGCUACAAGGAGUGCAUCCUCACGCCCAACGUCGUCGAGUUCGGCCGGCUGGCCAAGAGCAAGGGCAUCGACGUCGAGGGUGCCGACCCGACCACCCUCUGCGAGCGCCUGGCCAAGGCCUUCGGCGGCGUCACCAUCAUCCAGAAGGGCCCCAAGGACUACAUCUCUAACGGCGAGCACACACUCGUUAGCGACGGCGAGGGUGGCCUCAAGCGCUCCGGCGGCCAGGGCGACACCCUGACCGGCAGCCUGGCCACCCUGCUCGCCUACCGCAAGGCCUACCUCGACCGCCUGUGGGAUCAUGACAACGACCUCAGUCCGAGUGAGUUGCUCGCCCUCGCCGCGUACGGCGGCAGUGCUGUUACACGCGAGUGCUCGCGUCUGGCCUUCAAGGAGAAGGGUAGGGCAUUGCAGGCAGGCGACCUGACGGAGCGCGUGCACGAGGCCUUCUUGAACGUCAUUGGCGAGCCGGGGUCGAAGGCCCCUUCUAAGAUGUGA